GUGUGCUCAGGUGUGCUCAGGUGAGUGCGAGCACAGGUGUGUCUUUGUCUUUGUGCGUGCACAGGUGUGUGCGAGCACAGGUGUGUGCGAGCACAGGUGUGCCACAGGUGUGCGCACAGGUGAGUGCGAGCACAGGUGUGUCUUUGUGCGUGCACAGGUGUGCCCAGAUCCCCCUAAAACCCCCCCCANCCGGCCGGCGGGCGCGGCCUCGCCCACGCCCUGCCCGGCCGCCUGCACCUGCAGCAACCAGGCCAGCCGGGUGAUCUGCACCCGGAGGGAGCUGCUGGAGGUGCCGCAGAGCAUCUCGGUGAACACGCGCUACCUGAACCUGCAGGAGAACCACAUCCAGGUGAUCCGCACCGACACCUUCAAGCACCUGCGCCACCUGGAGAUCCUGCAGCUCAGCCGCAACCUGGUGCGCAAGGUGGAGGUGGGCGCCUUCAACGGGCUGCCCAACCUCAACACGCUGGAGCUCUUCGACAACCGCCUGACCACGGUGCCCACGCAGGCCUUCGAGUACCUGUCCAAGCUGCGCGAGCUCUGGCUGAGGAACAACCCCAUCGAGAGCAUCCCCAGCUACGCCUUCAACCGCGUGCCCUCGCUGCGCCGCCUCGACCUGGGCGAGCUCAAGCGCCUCGAGUACAUCUCCGAGGCCGCCUUCGAGGGCUUGGUCAACCUGCGCUACCUCAACCUGGGCAUGUGCAACCUCAAGGAGAUCCCCAACCUGACGGCGCUGGUGCGGCUGGAGGAGCUGGAGCUGUCGGGGAACCGCCUGGGCCGGGUGCGGCCGGGCUCCUUCCAGGGGCUGGGCAGCCUGAGGAAGCUGUGGCUGAUGCACGCGCGGGUGGCGGCGGUGGAGCGCAACGCCUUCGACGACCUGAAGGCGCUGGAGGAGCUGAACCUGGCGCACAACGACCUGGCCUCGCUGCCGCACGACCUGUUCGCGCCGCUGCACCGGCUGGAGCGCGUGCACCUGCACCACAACCCCUGGCGCUGCGACUGCGACGUGCUGUGGCUCAGCUGGUGGCUGCGCGAGACCGUGCCCAGCAACACCAGCUGCUGCGCCCGCUGCCACGCGCCGCCCGCGCUGCGCGGCCGCUACCUGGGCGAGCUGGAGCCCGGCCACUUCACCUGCUACGCGCCGGUCAUCGUGGAGCCGCCGGCCGACCUCAACGUCACCGAGGGCAUGGCGGCCGAGCUCAAGUGCCGCACGGGCACGGCCAUGACCUCGGUCAACUGGCUGACGCCCAACGGGACGCUGAUGACGCACGGCUCGUACCGCGUGCGCAUCUCGGUGCUGCACGACGGCACGCUCAACUUCACCAACGUCACCGUGCAGGACACCGGCCAGUACACCUGCAUGGUCACCAACGCCGCCGGCAACACCACGGCCACCGCCACGCUCAACGUCUCGGCCGCCGACGCUGCCGCGGCCGCCGCGGCCGCCGCCGCGGCCACCGCCCCGGCCACGCGCGCCACCGGCAAACCCUUCACCGUGCCCAUCACGGCGGCGGCGGCCGGCGCGGCGGCCGGGGGCGGCCUCCAGGACCUGGACGACGUCUUGAAGACCACCAAGAUCAUCAUCGGCUGCUUCGUGGCCAUCACCUUCAUGGCCGCCGUCAUGCUGGUGGCCUUCUACAAGCUCCGCAAGCAGCACCAGCGCCACAAGCACCGCGGCGGCCCCGCGCGCGCCGUGGAGAUCGUCAACGUCGAGGACGAGCUGGCCGGCGGCCCCGCCGGGGGCGGAGGCGGCGGCGGCCCCGGCGCCGGGACGGGUGGGGACAACCGGCUGGCGCUGCCGGCGUUGGAGAGGGAGCACCUGGACAGGUACGCGGCGCUGGCCGCGCACUACGGGGGCCCCGCGGCCGCGCUGGGCUGCGGCAAGACGCCGCUGCUCAACUCGGUGCACGAGCCGCUGCUCUUCAAGAGCCCCUCCAAGGAGAACGUGCAGGAGACGCAGAUCUGAGAUUUUUUUUUGGGGGGGUGGGGAAGUGGAAUUUGUCCCCCCCGAGCCGCCCGCCCAACCCCCGGGAAAAGAUUUUGGGGGAAAAAAAAAAAGGGGGAAAAAAUGUGGGGGAGACUCUGGAGGAAG